AUGACUCCAAUUAACUUGGCUGGACAGUUUGGUGACACCACAUACACCAAGGUUUUUGUUGGAGGUUUAGCUUGGGAAACUCAGAAAGAAACCAUGAAGAAGUAUUUUGAACAAUUUGGUGAGAUCUUGGAAGCUGUUGUCAUCACUGAUAAAGCCACCGGAAGAUCCAAAGGCUAUGGAUUUGUUACUUUUCGUGAACCUGAUGCUGCUAUGAGAGCUUGUGUUGAUGCUGCUCCUAUAAUUGAUGGAAGAAGAGCUAAUUGCAAUCUUGCUUCUUUGGGUGUUCAAAGAUCUAAGCCUUCAACACCAAAGCAUGGAGGAGGAGGAAGAAACUUUAGGGUAAUGGGUUCUUUCCAGACAGGAUUUGGAGGAGUGGGAUCAGCUUUUCCUUCAGCUGCAACCUUCCCUCAUUAUGCUAUCCAGCAAGGGAUACCUUAUAAUGUUUAUGGGUACUCUUCCUACUCGCCAGAUUAUAGUUACCCUACGAGCUAUUAUGGUGUGUAUGGUGGAGCAGCAGCACAGUAUCCAGUUUAUGGAAGUGGUCCAACCGGAGGGAUGAUGACCGGUGGCGCUGCGGCUGCGGCAGCUUACUAUCCAUAUCUUCAAUAUGGUGAAGGAACCGGCGGUGCAACGAACGGCGGCUACACUUCCGGGCAAGGUUAUGGGGUUAACUAUCCACCUCAUGUGUUUCAAUAUUCUCCAAUUGCUUCUACUGGUGGUUAUGCUCAGCAUUAUGGAACACCCAUUUCUCUUGCUCCUUCUCCUGCUGCCUUGCCAUCAGGCGUGACAAUGGCUCUUCAAGCUCCAAUUCCUCAUCGUUAG